UGAAUGACGUCAGUGAGACGUUUCCCAUCAUGGCGGCGGAAGGCUAUGAGGAGAUGAGCGGCAACGGGGAGCUCGAGGAGUCUUCAGCCAUGGAGGCCUCUGAGGAUGCUGCAUCGCCUCCGGCUGAAAUGGCAGAGAUGUCAGAAGAGAACGGCAGUCCCGCCGUGGCCCCUGAGACCCCCGUAGGCCCCGACCCGGUUACCUUCUCAAUGCCCCCACCUGCAGAAGACGAGGAGGGAGAAUUUCCAGCAGACUUUGAGCGCCUGUGGAAGGCUGCCCACGACAAUCCUCAAGACUUCACCAGCUGGACUGACCUGCUGCAGUACUGCGAGCAAGAGAGUCACAUCACAGCGUCACGCAGAGCGCUAGAGGCUUUCCUCACUCGUUACCCGCUCUGCUACGGCUACUGGAAGAAAUAUGCUGAUCUGGAGCGCCGUGCUGGCUACAACAACAAAGCAGAGGAGGUGUGUGUUCAGGGUCUGCAGGCGAUCCCUCUGAGUGUAGAUCUGUGGAUCCACUACAUCAAUCUGCUGCUGGGAACGCUGGACAUGAACAUGCCCGAGUCGCCCACGCGGAUUCGCAGUGUGUUUGAAGAUGCGGUUGUGGCAGCAGGUCUGGACUUCCACUCAGACCGGCUUUGGGAUCUGUAUGUCGAGUGGGAGAAGGAGCAGGGGAACACGAAGAAAGCAGCAGCCGUCCUGGACAGAGUCCUCAAAGUCCCCACCCAGCUCUAUAACACCAACUACGACAAGUACAAGGAGCACCUGAACAGCCAGGAGCCUAAAGACGUGCUGUCCCCGGAGGAGUACGAGGAGCUGAGGACGUUGUGCCGUCAGAGUCAGAAGGCAGAGCGCGCCGAACAAGCCCAGGAGGAGGAGGAGGAGAGGCCGCCGGGGGAGGAAGAGCCCGCCACACCCGAGGGCACAGACACGGAGGAAUUGAUGCAGAAGAUGAGGGAACAAGUGCUCGUUCGCAGGGACAAAGUGUACCAGGACAACGAGGGAGAAGUCCGCAAGAGAUGGCACUUUGAAGACGCUAUCAAACGUCCUUACUUCCAUGUCAAGCCACUGGAUCGCCUCCAGCUGCGAGCCUGGCACUCCUACUUGGACUGGGAGAUCGCUCAGCUGAACAAGGACACCAAAGACCCCCAAGACCCCCAACAAGAUCCAGACCAGGCAGCCACAGAGGAGUUGGAGGUCACAGCCCAGCCUCAGGAAGAAUCAGAGGAAGCUGCGGUUAGCAAUGACGACCACAGGGUUCGCAUCCUCUUUGAGCGUUGCCUGAUCGCCUGCGCUCUGUAUGAGGAGUUCUGGAUCAGGUACAAUCAGUACCUGGAGUCGCAGAGUGUGGACGAGGCGCGGGUUAUUUUCAAACGAGCCUGUGAGAUCCACCUGGCGUACAAACCCAACAUCCACAUGCAGUGGGCCACCUUCGAGGAGAGGCACGGUGACUUAACCGAGGCCCGGCGGGUGCUGGAGGCUCUGGAGAAAACGCUACCAGGGUUGGCGGUGGUCCGUCUUCGCAGGGCAGCUUUAGAGAGGCGAGCGGGCCAGCUGGACCAAUCGGAGGCGUUGCUGCGUGAGGCGGUGGACGAGUCCACAGAGAAGCCCACGUUACACGCUUUUUAUUCCGUCAAGCUGGCUCGUCUGCUGCUGAAGCUCGGCAGGAACCCCAGCAGAGCCCGCAGAGUUUUACAAGAGGCCCUGGAGAUCAGUCCGGAUAACGAUAAGCUGCACCUGAACCUGUUGGAGCUGGAGGUGUCGGGGGACCCCUCAGCGGAGGCGGUGCAGGAGUGUGUGACACGGGCCCUGGCAGCUCCCCUCGCCCCACACACCAAGAUCCUCUUCUCACAGAGACGCCUGCAGUUUGCAGAGGACUACAGCAACUCUAUCCAGAGUGUGCUGUCCGUCUAUGAGGAGCACCAGAAGCUGCUGAAGGAGUUAGGAGGAACGAAGAGAGAAGCAGAGAACGGGGAUGAGGACUCGGAGAAGAUGAGCAAAAGUGACGACGGCUCAGCCGUUGCCGUGUCCGCACAAGUCCCGCCCACCAUGCCGCAUGUCCCCAUCACGACACCCCCCCCUCCUGUGAUGGGCGCCGACGCCAGCUCACAGGCCGGCUACGGGGGGUACGGCAGCUGGUACCAGCAACCGCAGUACGGCAACUACGGCAACUACGGUUAUCAGAACACCUGGAACUACAACCAAGGCUACUAUCCUCCCAGCUAAAGGGGGCCACAGUGACUGUGACACCAGAAAGCCACAGUAAAUGGUUUGGACCCAGGAUGACUCUCAGCUGAACAAAACUGAACCACCCAGUCCUGCCGGUCCACCUGCUAAAAAUAAUAUCCCAGCAUCCUCUCCUCCCCGUCCUUCCUCUGAGUUACCUCACUGUCCUGGAUGUGAUUAAAUAAGGGUCGGGAUUUGAGCUCUUUUAGCAUGUUGUGUCAUUUCAGUGUUGAGUCUUGAGUGACAGUUGGAAAGACACCACUCCUAUCGUCAGUGCAUCAGUGUCUCUCCAUUUUAAUCAGAACUAUUUUUGUAUUUGUUUGCAAGCCCUUCACUCCCGUUUUAAACUCAUCCAGUUUAUCCAACUUCACAGGUGAUGUAUGAUCGACAUUUUGUACCAUUCCAGAGUAGGAUAUUUGUUUUUUCUAAUGUAUAUAAAGGUGUUUUAUAGUGUCGCAACAGAACUGUUUGUGUCGUGUUGUCGUUUGCUUGUACUUUCAUAAUGAGGGUGAAAAAUCCACCGUCGCACUACUUGGUUGUGAAACGUAAAUUCUUGCUUCUCGUAUCUACAGCAGUGUUAUCUGAAGAGUAUUCUGAACAUCAGUGCAUUGGCUCGGGUCAUGUGAAUUGGAAUUUUAAGAUAAUCUAAUUUUUAAAGAAUCAAGUUGUGUGAAGUCACAUAGCCAGCAGGUUUAAGAGGCCGUAAUCUUCAUCCUAAUAGUCUGAAAACAGAGGAAGGUACAGACUCUACUUGUUCCCUUUUAUAUUAAAUCUCUGGAAUCAUUUCGGGUACCACCAGCCAAACGCAAAGUCCAUUUAAUUCACAUACAAGUAGAGCAAGCACUCAAAUGUUCUUCCUACAGGAACAGUCCCUUUACCCACACGGAUGUUUCAGGUGCUGAUGAAGAAAUUGAUAUAUAUUUUUUGUCCAUUGGUCUGAUAAUCUGACUAUUAAAGUGAAGACUAUAUCCUCUGAAA